AUGGCAGCCACCGCCAACGCGCUGGUGAUGCGAGAGAUCAAGGGGCCUCUCAGCGUCGAGAAGGUCCAACUCGGCGAACUAAGAGCCGAUGAGGUGCUUGUCGAAGUCCAUGCCACCGGCAUCUGCCACACGGAUAUUUCCUGCAUGAACGGGCAGCUCCCUGCCUCCGCGCCAUGCGUAUUCGGACACGAAGGCGCCGGUGUCGUCGUCAGGACCGGUUCCAACGUGACCCACCUCACACCCAACGACAAGGUCCUCCUCAGCUACGCAUUCUGCGGAAAUUGCGAGCAAUGCCUCAGCGGCCACCCCGCCUACUGCUACCAAUGGGUGCCCAGCAACUUCGGUCAACAACGGUCCGACGGGAGCUUCACCCUGUCCUUUGAAAACGGAGAUCCCCUGCGCGGGAACUUCUUCGGACAGAGCUCGUUCGCGAGUCUAGCCAUCGUGCACGUAUCGUGCGUGGUCAAGGUAGCUCCGGAUUCCCCACUCGAUCGAUUUGCUCCGCUGGGGUGCGGGUUCCAAACCGGUGCCGGAGCUGUCUUGAACACGCUGGACGUGCAACCUGGGACCAGCUUGGCUGUCUUUGGGGCUGGAUCUGUGGGCAUGAGCGCCAUAAUGGCGGGGAAGCUGCGCGGAGCUCAGACUAUCAUUGCGGUGGACCUGAACAAGGAGCGGUUGGCACUGGCAAAGAAGCUCGGUGCGACUCAUACGAUGCUUGGCUCGGAUGAAGACAUCGUUCAGCAGAUCCAAGCGAUCUGUCCCCCAAUGGGGGUUCAGUAUGCAGUCGACUGUACCGGGGUGCCGGUGGUGGUCGAGAAGGCUAUCCAGGCGCUUGGCGCCAGGGGAAAGCUGGCUACCGUUGGUGCCCCGUCGCCGGGGAAGACCGUUCAGGUUGAUGUAUUUGCGCAGUUGGUCUUUGGGCGUCAGUACGUGGGGUGUUGUGAGGGAGAUGCUCAGGCGGAAAAGAUCUUGCCCUACCUGAUCGAGCAGCAUGCUCAAGGGAACUAUCCGAUCGAGGAGUUGAUCACGACUUACCCAAUUGAACAGUAUGGCCAGGCUAUCAGCGAUAUGAAGAGUGGGAAGACGCUGAAGGCAGUCUUGUUAUGGAGGUAG